AUGCAACAGACCCAGCAGUCGUUCCACCCUCCCCCUAAUCAACAUGACCAGGCGGCUUCCGCAGGGCAACAGCCAUGGGGCGGCCCAUUCCCCAGCCUGCACUUGUGGCCAGUCCAGGAUACCUUCCAGAUGAAGAUGAUCCACCUGCCUACAGGCCAGAAGGUCAAAAUCGGUCGUCAAACCAACAACAAAACCGUGCCCGGCGAGCGCAAUGCCUACUUUGACUCCAAGGUUCUGUCACGCACCCACGCCGAGAUCUGGGAGCAAGGAGGCAAGAUCUAUAUCAAGGAUGUCAAGUCUUCGAACGGCACGUUCAUCAACGGCGUUCGUCUGUCACCGGAAGCGGUGGAAAGCGAGCCAUUCGAGUUGAAGAGCGAGGACAUGGUGGAAUUUGGUAUCGACAUCAUCAGCGAGGACAAUCGCACAAUCAUCCAUCACAAGGUCUCGGCCAGGGCAUAUUGCGUCUUCACGCCAGACGAUGCGGCCCUCAGCGCAAGGGAACUUGCCAACUAUCAGAAUGACCCGCGUGGAGCUCGUCGACCGGCUGCGGGUUCCAUGUCCCAAGGCAGUGGAGUGAACCCCCUCAGCCAGAUGGGGCCGUCCAUCAUGAGUGCUGGCGGCAAGGCGAACGGGCUUAGCUUUGAGCACGUUCUGCAAAAGCUCCAGAAUGAGUUGAAUAAGAGCAAGGAGACGAGCCACGAGUUACAUGGCCUCAACACUGCCAUGACCGAUGUCCAGGACACCAUGGGUGGCGGACUCUCACCAGCGCAGAACGGCUCGGCCUCGCAGUACAUUCCUGCGCAGUUCCGCAAUCCUUCCGCCGAAGCGCAGGCUGCCUUGGCAGGUCCCCAUGGACCUCAGGCCGCCGCGUUCAUCGCCCUCCAGGCCCAGAUGACCGACACGCAAUCCUCCCUCACCACUCACCUGGGCCGCAUCCGCGAGCUCGAGACCCAGCUUCAACAGCAAGAGACAAUGAAGCAAGAGAUCGCUGCAGUCCGCCAACAGAUGGAGGACAGCAAGCUUGAGAUGGAAGUGCUCCUCGCAGCCUCUCACAGUAUGGAUAUGAACGGCUCGUCCCACGAAGCCGAUGACGACGGUGAUGACGACGACGAUGCGCGUAGUGUCGCAACUGUUAUGCCCGACGACGGCCCUCAGAAUGGACACGGCCCUGACAAGGCGUCGAGUGACGUUUCUGAAAAGGACGCCUCCACUGGCAUGUCCAACGUCGACCUCGCAACUCGCAUCCAAUCCCUCACGGUUGAGAUGGAGGACGCCCUUCAGCUGUCCCGCACUCUUCAAGCUCAACAUGGCGAGGCAAUGUCCACCGUCAAGCUUCUUACGGACCGACUUGACAUUCUCGAGAGCGGUAUUGCGGACCGCGUUACCGCUGCCGUGGUACAGGCCGAGGAGCGCUGGUCCGCGUGGCGCAACAAGUUCGAAGACCGGUGGAAGCACGAGCGCGAUGGCUGGGAGAGUGAGAGGGAACGGCUACGUGGUAUCGUUCGCGACUGGGAAGAAGCCAGUCGACGGGCUGUUGAGGAAGAAGAGGAGAGGGAGAUGAACGAGCACCUCAGCGAGGAUGAGCUCGCCGACGAGGAGGAAGAUGUUGGCCAAGAGGAUGUCGAGGCUAGUGAGCUCUUGGCCGUUCACAGCCGCUGGCCGGCCGGACGUGGCCUGGACGCCGCAGACGACGAUAUCGAGAUUGCCGAUGUUUCCCCCUCGCGGGUGACAAAGCCCCGCCGUAGGCGCCCCAGCACCAAGACGUCUCUCGCCAUGCGUGGGCUGCGCGCUGUCACCAACGCCGAAGGAGUAUCGACCCCCAAGGCUCCCGUCGAUCCUUCCAUCGUCCCCGAGGCCCCUCGCGCGCGCGAGCUUCGCCGCGAUGCACUCAGUCGUGUCAAGCGUAUGUCCGCGCGUGACAAGUUUGCCCGUGCCGCUUCAUCGACACCUGGCACGUUUAACGACAAGGAGUCGUCCGAAAGCGGACGCGAGUCGGCCGAUACAUUAAGAGGCGACAAGGACCUUGGAGACCGCAAACUCGACCAUCCCACUGCCAACGCCAUAGCUCCAUCCAUCCCAAUAGCUACAGUGAUCGUCGUUGCAGCAGUUGCUGGCCUGAUUUACUACCGCAACCGAGAUUAG